AUGAAGGUCUUUGCAAUAUUGGUGUUUCACAAAAGUAACGACAGAGGGGUGAGACAGUUCAAGGCUGCAUAUGACUUGGCAAACUUUAGUUUUUUUCAACGUGGGUCAGUUCAGGAAUUUAUGUCUUUCAGUGGGAAACUAAUAGUAGAGAGGUCUGCAGUGCCCAGUCGAAGUAGUGUCAAAGAGAACGAGUAUUUCUGCCAUGUAUAUGUUAGACAAGAUGGCUUAUGUGGGGUUUGUUAUACGGAUGCUGAGUAUCAGGCAAGGGUUGCAUUUUCGAUGUUAACAAGAGUCUUAGAUGAUUUUACUUCGAAGGUACCUGCAGCCGUUUGGGGUUCAUUAGCUAGUGAAAAAGAUUGCAAAUAUACAGGGUUGCCUGAAAUCUUAUCAAAGUGGCAAAAUCCACGUGAAGCAGAUGCGAUGACCAGGGUUCAGGAAGAAGUAGAGGAAACGAAGGUGGUGCUUCAUAAUACCAUCCAGUCUGUAUUGGAACGAGGUGAAAAGUUGGAUGAUUUAGUUGCAGCGAGUGAGGGGCUAUCAGCACAGAGCAAAAUGUUUUAUACAAGUGCAAGAAAAAUGAACAAAUGCUGUAGCUGGACGUAA